AGCAGCAUGUUUCUCAAGGUGCAGUUGCCAUGGAAUGUCAUAAUUCCUGCUGACGGCUUGGGUGCCGAAGGCUUGAUGCUCCAAAAGGCUAUAGUGGUACGCCUAUUGGAUGACUUUGCUUGCAAGAAGGCCACCAAGGAUCUUGGAUAUUUCAUUGCUGUAACAACUCUGGAGAGCAUUGGGGACGGAAAAGUUAGACAGAACACAGGGGAUGUGCCUUUCCCUGUUGUCUUCAGUGGAAUCACCUUCAAGAUGUUCAGGGGAGAGAUUUUGGAAGGGGUUGUACACAAGAUACUGAAACAUGGAGUUUUCUUGAGGUGUGGGCCAGUCCAAAACAUCUAUCUGUCUCACCUAAAAAUGCCUGACUAUCAUUAUGUGCCCGGGGAAAAUGCUAUCUUCAUGAAUGACAAGCACUCGAAGAUUGAGAAGGAUGUUGUUGUUCGAUUCAUAGUGAUUGGAACAAAGUGGUUGGAGGCAGAGAGAGAAUUUCAGGCAUUGGUUAGUUUGGAAGGUGACUACUUAGGACCAGUUUCUUGAACAUAACUUCUGUUCACCUUUGUAUGUAUUUGGUUGCACUUCUUGCCGUUUUCUUAGGAACUUGUUGAUUUUGAGAAUGUUGGAUGUUAAAUUGUUCGACUAGCUAUUGUAAAUUCAGUGGUUGAAGUCUACAGUUAACUUAUGAUA